AUGGGCUCUCGAAAGCCGCUGGAUGUGCACAUGUUCCCCUCGGACCUGGAGUUUGCCGUCUUCACCGCCGAGGAGAUCCGUAAACUGAGUGUUGUCAAGAUUAUUACUGGCCUUACUUUUGAUGCUCUGGGCCAUCCAAUUCCGGGUGGCUUAUAUGACAUACGAUUGGGCUCUUAUGGACGCUGUAUGGAUCCCUGCGGCACGUGCCUUAAAAUGCAAGAUUGUCCUGGACACAUGGGUCACAUUGAACUUGGCACGCUGGUGUACAAUCCGUUUUUUAUAAAGCUAGUGCAGCGUCUGCUUUGCAUAUUUUGCUUACAUUGCUUUAAAAUGCAGAUGAAGGAUCACGAGAGCGAGAUUAUUAUGCUGCAGCUGCGGUUAAUUGACGCUGGCUACAUAAUUGAGGCACAAGAAUUGGAGAUAUUCAAAUCGGAAGUUGUGUGCCAGAACACAGAGGAGCUGGUUAAGCUAGACAAUGGUGAUGCAGUGCAUCCACGUAUUGCUGCAAUGAAGGAACUGCUUGCCAAGAAUGUAAGCAAUACAAGCAAUGUAACAAAGACCAGCUGCUCCCUGCGGACAGCGAUCACACAUGCAGCACUACAGCGUGGUACCAGCAAGAAGUGCCGCCAUUGUAACAAGUCUAUGCUGUUUGUCCGCUAUAUGCAUCGACGUCUGGUCUACUAUGUGACUAUAGCUGAUCUUAAAGAGCGUUUAGGCAACGUGCCCGAGAGCACCGGCCAGAACAAGGUGGUCUUUGCGGAUGAAUGCCGUCGCUAUCUGAAACAGAUUUAUGACAAUUAUCCAGAGCUGCUCAAGCUACUGCUACCAGUGUUAAGCCUCAACAGCAACUCAAGUAUAGCUGAGGGUAGCGAUGUUUCACCCAUAGACAUUUUCUUUAUGGGCACCAUACCAGUAACACCCCCGCGUGCACGUCCCAUGAAUAUUAUCAACGACAUGAUGAAAGGCAAUCCCCAAACAGACACCUAUGUAAACAUAAUUGAGAACAAUCAUGUGCUGAAUGUUGUGCUCAAAUACAUGAAGGGUCAGGAGGAUAAGCUAAGCGAUCAGGCUCGUGCUGCCUAUCAGAACAUGCGUGGUGCCAAUAGCCACGAGAAGCUCUACAAUGCUUGGCUGUCGCUGCAGAGUUCGGUUGAUGUGCUGCUCGAUGUGAACAUGUCACGUGACGUGAAAUCAGCAGAGGGCCUUAAGCAGGUGCUUGAAAAGAAGGACGGACUCAUUCGCAAGCAUAUGAUGGGCAAGCGUGUCAACUAUGCCGCACGCACAGUCAUAACGCCGGAUCCCAAUAUAGAUGUGGAUGAGAUCGGCAUACCCGAUAUAUUUGCACGCAAACUAUCGUACCCCGUGCCUGUUACCGAAUGGAAUGUGGCCGAGUUGCGUAAAAUGGUCAUGAACGGCCCCGAGCAGCAUCCGGGUGCCAAUUAUAUACAAGAUAGCAAGGGUCUAACCACCUUCAUACCCGCUGAAAAUGCUGCCAAGCGUGCCAGCAUGGCUAAAUUGCUGUUGUCCAACCCAAAGGAAGGAGUAACCAUUGUACACCGUCAUGUGCUCAAUGGAGAUGUGCUGCUACUGAAUCGUCAGCCCUCACUGCACAAGCCCUCCAUUAUGGCACACAAGGCGCGCAUUCUGCAAGGCGAGAAAACCUUCCGAUUGCACUACUCCAAUUGCAAGGCCUACAAUGCUGAUUUCGAUGGUGACGAAAUGAACGCUCAUUAUCCGCAGAGCGAGGUGGCACGCGCAGAAGCCUACAAUCUAGUAAAUGUGGCUAACAAUUAUCUGGUGCCUAAGGACGGAACUCCACUGGGCGGUCUUAUACAGGAUCAUGUCAUUUCGGGCGUAAAGCUUUCCAUACGCGGACGCUUCUUUAAUCGGGAGGACUACCAGCAGUUGGUCUUUCAGGGACUGUCGCAUCUUAAGGGCAAUAUCAAGCUACUGCCGCCAAGCAUACUCAAGCCGGCUGUGCUUUGGUCAGGCAAGCAGGUGCUAUCUACCAUUAUAAUAAAUCUCAUUCCUGAAGAUUAUGAGCGCAUCAACUUGGAUUCAUUUGCCAAAAUUGGUGGCAAGAAUUGGAAUGUACUGCGACCACGCACACCGCUGUGCGGCAGCGUGCCUCUGGAGCAGGAACUGAGUGAGAGUCAAGUGCAAAUACGCGCUGGCGAAUUGCUGGUGGGCGUGUUGGACAAGCAGCAGUAUGGCGCCACCACCUUUGGCCUCAUACACUGCAUGUACGAAUUAUAUGGCGGAGAUGUGUCCACGCGGCUGCUUACCGCUUUCACCAAGGUGUUUACCUUCUUUCUGCAGCUGGAGGGCUUCACACUGGGUGUUAAGGAUAUUUUAGUGAGCGCCGAAGCAGAUCGGAAACGACGCAACAUUAUCAACGAAUGCCGCGAGGUGGGCAACAGCGCCGUGGCCGCUGCUUUGGAGCUGGAGGAUGUGCCGCCUCACGAUGAGUUGGCCGAACAAAUGGAAGCAGCCUAUGUAAAGGAUACCAAGUUUCGUGUAUUGCUCGAUCGCAAAUACAAGUCCAUGCUUGAUGGUUAUACAAACGACAUUAACAAAACUUGUCUGCCUGGCGGCUUGAUAAGCAAAUUUCCCGACAACAAUCUGCAGUUGAUGGUGUUGUCUGGUGCAAAGGGCUCUAUGGUGAACACUAUGCAAAUCUCCUGCUUGUUGGGACAAAUUGAGUUGGAAGGCAAACGACCACCGCUGAUGAUCUCUGGCAAAUCGCUGCCAAGUUUUACAUCAUUUGAGACAUCGCCCAAAUCUGGCGGCUUUAUUGAUGGACGCUUUAUGACAGGCAUACAGCCGCAGGACUUUUUCUUUCAUUGCAUGGCAGGUCGUGAGGGUCUUAUCGAUACAGCUGUGAAGACUUCGCGCUCUGGUUAUUUGCAGCGCUGUCUUAUCAAACAUCUGGAGGGUCUGAGCGUGCACUAUGAUCUGACAGUGCGUGACAGUGACAACAGCGUUGUUCAGUUUCUCUAUGGCGAGGAUGGCAUGGAUAUCUUAAAAGCCAAGUUCUUCAAUGGCAAAUUCUGCGCUGAUUUUCUGGCACAAAAUGCCAAAGCUGUGCUGCGUCCGAGCCAGGUGCAGUUAAUGAAGGAUGAAGAGUGCCUUGCACAGGUGCAGCGUCAUGAGAAGCACAUACGAAGCUGGCAAAAGAAGCGUCCGACCAAUCUGCGCGCUGCCUUUACCCACUUCUCGCAGGAGCUGCGUGAUGAGGUUGAGGUGAAGCGGCCCAAUGAAAUCAAUGCCAAGACUGGCCGUCGUCGCUUUGAUGAGGGCCUGCUAAAACUCUGGAAGAAGGCGGAUGCCGAGGACAAGGCGCUGUAUCGCAAGAAAUACGCACGUUGUCCAGAUCCCAGUGUUGCAGUCUACAAACAGGAUUUGUACUAUGGCUCUGUUUCGGAGCGCACGCGUCAGCUUAUCGACGACUAUGCACGCAAGCAGCCUGCACAGAAACAUAUCAUCUCGGACAUUAUGCACAUGAAGAGCAUCAAGGCAUUGGCAUCGCCUGGGGAGCCAGUAGGCUUAAUUGCCGCCCAGUCCAUAGGUGAACCCUCCACGCAGAUGACACUCAACACUUUCCAUUUUGCGGGUCGUGGUGAAAUGAACGUUACUCUGGGUAUACCACGUCUGCGUGAGAUUCUUAUGCUUGCUUCGUCAAACAUUAAGACACCAUCCAUGGAUAUACCCAUUAAGCCAGGGCAGCAGCACAACGCAGAAAAGCUGCGUAUUUCGCUAAACUGCGUCACAUUGGCUAGUCUGCUGGAAUCUGUGCACAUUAAUAGCUGCCUGUCGCUGGAACCGGAGCGCUGCUAUGUCUAUGAGCUGCACUUUAAGUUCCUGCCGCGCGACGUAUACAAGGAGGACUACGGCGUGCGACCAAAGCGUAUUAUUAAGUACAUGCAUCAGACGUACUUCAGGCAGCUAAUACGCGCUAUACUCAGGGUGUCCAAUGCCAAAAAGUCUUCAAAAAUUAUUGUGGUUGAUGAGAAAAAGGAAGGCGGCAGCAAGCAGGACGACGAUAAUGAUCAUGAGUUAGAUGCUGCCGAUGAUGUCGGAGCAAAAGAUGCACCUGGCAACGAUGAUGACUCUUCAGAUGAUGGCGGCGAUGAUGAUGCAACUGGCAUUAAGCUAAAGCAACGCAAGACCGAUGAGAAUGAUUACGAUGAUCCAGACGAUGUGGAGGAAAUCAUAGAUGCCAAUGACGACGAAGACGAGGAUGAUGAUGAGGAUGGCGAUGGCAACGAAGCUGCUAACGAUGAUAACGCUGAUCUAGAUGACAAGUCGGUGGAAAAGCUGCUCAGCAAUCAAAUGGUAAAGGAUUAUACAUAUGACAACGAGAAUUAUCUUUGGUGCACAGUGAAGCUGAAUCUGAGCGUGCGCUAUGAAAAACCAGAUUUGACAUCUAUCAUACGCGAACUUGCGGGCAAAAGUAUUGUGCAUCAAGUUCCUCAUAUAAAGCGCGCUAUUAUCUAUAAAGGAAAUGACGAUGAGCAGCUGCUUAAGACAGACGGCAUCAAUAUUGGCGAAAUGUUCCAACACAACAAAGUUUUGGAUCUGAAUCGUUUGUACUCCAACGAUAUACACGCUAUAGCACGCACUUAUGGAAUCGAGGCCGCUGCUCAGGUCAUUGUCAAGGAAGUGAGCAAUGUGUUUAAGGUUUAUGGCAUUACUGUGGACCGCAGGCAUUUAUCACUAAUUGCCGACUACAUGACGUUUGAUGGCACCUUCCAGCCGCUAUCACGCAAGGGCAUGGAGCAUUCCUCGUCACCGCUGCAGCAAAUGUCUUUUGAAUCCAGUUUGCAGUUUCUGCGCAGCGCAGCUGGUUUUGGACGUCCCGAUGAGCUAAACUCGCCAUCAAGUCGCCUUAUGGUGGGACUCCCAGUGCGCAACGGUACCGGUGCUUUUGAAUUACUGACAAAAAUAUGUUAAAUAAUAACGUUUCCCGUUUUGAAUAAAUAAUU